GGCCCCCUUUCCGCCGUACUCCCCCGCCCCCGGGCCGCGCCGCGCUGUGCUGCCUGGGAGCUGCGGGGUGGCCGCCGAGGAGGCGGUGCAGGGACGGGAGACCGGCCGCAGGCUCAGGUGCUGAAAACUCACUGGAAACAUGGGGUCUGAAAACCCAAGUCCACAGAACCCUGGCUGUAAGAUCAUGACCUUCCGUCCUACCCUAGAGGAGUUUCGGAACUUUGGGAAAUAUGUUGCCUUCAUCGAAUCGCAGGGAGCUCAUAGGGCAGGGCUUGCCAAGGUGAUUCCUCCGAAGGAAUGGAAGCCCCGAAAGACUUACGAUGACAUCGAUGACAUGGUCAUCCCAGCGCCUAUCCAGCAGGUGGUGACUGGGCAGUCGGGAUUAUUCACCCAGUAUAAUAUACAGAAGAAACCCAUGACGGUGGGAGAAUACCGGCGUCUGGCCAACAGUGAGAAGUAUUGUACUCCUCGUCACCAAGAUUUUGAAGACCUGGAACGCAAAUACUGGAAGAAUCUGACAUUCGUCUCACCAAUUUAUGGGGCAGAUAUCAGUGGCUCACUAUAUGAUGCAGAUGUAGAAGAAUGGAAUAUUGGGAAUCUGAACACCCUGUUGGACAUGGUGGAGCAUGAAUGUGGGAUUAUCAUAGAAGGUGUGAACACCCCCUACCUUUAUUUCGGCAUGUGGAAAACAACAUUUGCAUGGCAUACUGAGGACAUGGAUCUCUACAGCAUCAACUACCUACAUUUUGGGGAGCCGAAAUCCUGGUAUGCCAUACCACCAGAACACGGCAAGCGAUUGGAACGGCUGGCAAAAGGAUUUUUCCCAGGAAGCUCUCAGGGAUGUGAUGCCUUCCUUCGCCACAAGAUGACCCUCAUUUCACCCUCCAUCUUGAAGAAAUAUGGCAUCCCAUUUGACCGGAUCACCCAAGAGGCUGGAGAGUUUAUGAUCACAUUUCCUUACGGCUACCACGCGGGAUUCAACCACGGCUUCAACUGUGCUGAGUCCACCAACUUUGCCACAUUGCGGUGGAUUGACUAUGGCAAAAUGGCUACACAAUGCACUUGCCGCAAAGACAUGGUGAAGAUUUCCAUGGAUGUUUUUGUGAGAGUUCUACAGCCGGAACGUUAUGACUUAUGGAAACAAGGGAAAGAUGGUGCUGUUCUGGACCACAUGAAACCCACAGCUCUGACCAGCCCAGAGCUGGAUGCCUGGAAUGAGACAAAGCCUGAACUGAAAGCUAAGCUGCUCCGCAGGAUGGGAGAUGAAGAAGAGGACAACAAACAAAAUUACCGAGCUCACAGAAAAAGAAGUCAACCCAGAAGGCAUAAAACAGAGGAUCAGAAGUCUCUUGGGGAAGUCAUAGCUAUGGAGACUGCCCUGGAAGAAGUAAAAAUGAAGGAGGAGGUGAAAAGAGGACCAGACCUAGAUGAAGAAGAGAGAAGUAAAGUGACUGAGGGGGGAGAAGGAGACAGUAAGGUAAAGGGCCGUCCCCCAAAAGUAAAAGGUGAGAGAAAGAAGAAGCACCCUCACCAUCAGCACCACCACCAUCACAGUCAUCACCUGCAGCCACCACAGCCUCCUUUGCAGCAGCAGCUGCUGCCACCGCCUCCUCCACAGCCACAGCAGCAACCAGCAGAGGAAGAGGCAUCAGCAGCACAGCCACUGAUUCCUGUAGCAGCACCAGCAUCUGCCACGCCAGAGAAGAGCUUACCCUCUGCUCCCCUCAACAUCGUCCUGCCCUCAGAGGUACCAAGCGAGGAGGAUGACUUUAAGCCCCGACCCAUCAUUCCCAUGCUUUAUGUGGUUCCACGGACCAAAAAGGUGGUCUUUGAAAAGGAGCGCAUAUCCUGCCAGCAGGCCUUUGAGCAGUUUGCCACACAAAAAGGCCAGUUUUGGCGGGAGCAGGGGGUCCCUUUGGAGCUCACUGUGAAGGAGGAGGAGAGUGGAGAAGCAGAAAAUGCAGAUGUUGCCCCUGAGGUCAGUGACUUACAGGCCACAUCUGCUUUUUCAAAAAUGAAGAUGGAGAUAAAGAAAAGUCGCCGUCACCCGCUGGGCAAACCACCAACCCGCUCCCCAUUGUCUGUGGUUAAGCAGGAGGCCUCAAGUGAUGAGGAAACGUUUCCGUUUUCCGGGGAGGAGGAUGUGAGUGACCCAGAGGCUUUGAAGUCUUUACUUUCCCUGCAGUGGAAGAAUAAAGCACAUAACUUCCCAGCUGAGCGAAAAUUCAAUGCAGCUGCUGCCCUGAGCGAGCCCUACUGUGCUGUCUGCACCCUCUUCUACCCUUAUAACCAGUCGUUACAGAUGGAUAAAGAGGCUGUCCAGGUCUCCAUAGGGGAGAGCUCCUCCUUGCUCCAGCUUUCAAAGUGUGGACAGAAGACAAAACCUCUGAUCCCUGAGAUGUGCUUUACCUCAGGUGGGGAAAACACAGAGCCCCUUCCUUCAAACUCGUAUAUUGGAGAAGAUGGAACCAGUCUCCUGAUAUCCUGCGCCAAGUGCUGCCUGCAGGUUCAUGCUAGUUGCUAUGGAAUACGCCCUGAUCUGGUGAAUGAAGGCUGGUCUUGUUCCCGGUGCUCAGCCAAUGCAUGGGCAGCGGACUGCUGCCUGUGUAAUCUCAGGGGAGGAGCUCUUCAAAUGACCACUGAUGGGAGGUGGAUCCAUAUAAUCUGUGCUAUCACUGUCCCAGAGGCCCGUUUCCUCAACGUAAUAGAGCGCCAUCCUGUGGACAUCAGUUCUAUUCCAGAGCAGCGGUGGAAACUGAAAUGUGUGUACUGCCGGAAUCGGAUGAAGAAGGUAUCUGGUGCCUGCAUUCAAUGCUCCUUCGAGCACUGCUCCACUUCCUUCCAUGUGACCUGUGCGCAUGCUGCUGGGGUACCCAUGGAGCCGGAUGAUUGGCCAUAUGUUGUGUCCAUCACUUGCUUCAAACAUAAAGCAGCCAACCACAAUAUCCCGUUUCGGAGGGAGGUAUCGCUGGGACAGACCGUGAUUACGAAGAACCGCAAUGGACUCUACUACAAGUGUAAAGUAAUCGGCAUGACAACACAAACCUUCUAUGAAGUGAACUUUGACGAUGGCUCUUACAGCGAUAAUGUUUACCCGGAAAGCAUUACUAGCAGAGACUGCAUUCAGAUGGGACCGCCUCCAGAAGGCGAGUUGGUUCAGCUGCAGUGGACUGAUGGAAUCAUCUAUAAGGCCAAGUUCAUUGCAGCCCAGAUCAGUCAGAUUUAUCAGGUGGAGUUUGAAGAUGGCUCCCAGCUGAUGGUAAAACGUGGUGAUAUUUACACAUUGGAGGAGGAGCUUCCUAAGAGAGUGAAAUCUCGCCUGUCCCUCAGCACUGGGGCCCCUCAGGAAGGAGUGUUUUCGGGAGAUGAAGUGAAAGCGGCCAAGCGCCCCCGAGUGGGGAAUUCCAGGAAUCCCGAGGAUUAUGGACAGAACCCAGAUUAUUUGGCCUUCAUGGAGACCCUGCUGCAGACGCAGUACCAGCCAGGACCACAGAGUAACAUGUUUUAACCAGGAUUAAUAAUAAUAAAAAAAAUUAACCCUUUUCAACCCUGAGGAAAAGUAACCAGGAAACUGUGGAACAAAAGGCCAGCCCCGUGCAAUAGCCUGCUGUGAAUUCCUUUCUUCUGCUCUUGGUUUGGACUGCAAGAAAAUCCUGUCUGGCUACAGGCUACCUCUACUCUGUCAGCUGCAUUGCUGACCAAUAGAAUAGGGAGCUCAAAACCCCUUCAGACAGCAUUUCACAUGAAGACUUUGAAAGAGUUUGUACUAAUGGAGCUUUGUGACUGGCUCUUUUUUUUUUCUUUUUUUUUCUUUUUUUAAGGUUUGGAAAGGGU